GUGCGCAUGGAGUGACUGACUGACCUACCCAAGGAACAUAAUCGCUGUAUUUUUGAGAGACUGUGACAUUGCUAGCUAACAUCUGAGAUUUUCUGCCAUCAUGCCGGAGGACAGCAGUCACAAACCUACUAUGGUCACUUGUACGGCACCUGUGAACAUCGCCGUAAUCAAAUACUGGGGCAAGAGGGAUAAGGAUCUUAUUUUGCCAGUGAACUCUUCGCUCAGCGUCACUCUUCACCAAGACCAGCUCAAAACCACAACUACCGUUGCCUACUGUAGAGACUUUGAAGAGGAUCGCAUUUGGCUAAAUGGCAAAGAGGAGGAUAUCAACCAGCCCAGACUCCAGUCGUGUCUCAGAGAAAUACGAAGAAUGGCCCGGAAGAGACGAAGUGACAAGGACUCUACUAGUGAUGUGUCUGCAUUAUCUUACAAAGUCCAUAUCUGUUCCAGUAAUAAUUUCCCUACAGCGGCUGGUCUGGCAUCAUCUGCUGCUGGCUAUGCCUGUCUAGUGUACACGCUGGCGCGGUUAUUUGGAGUGGAGGGAGAGUUGUCCUGCGUGGCCAGGCAGGGCUCGGGCAGUGCCUGCAGGAGCAUGUACGGAGGCUUUGUCCAGUGGAAGAUGGGAGAGAAGGCCGAUGGGAAGGACAGCCUGGCGGAGCAGGUGGAGCCUGAGAGCCACUGGCCGGAACUUAGAGUGCUGGUCUUGGUGGUGAGUGCGGAGAGGAAGCCUGUCGGGAGCACCUCAGGCAUGCAAACCAGUGUGGAGACAAGCAAGCUUUUAAAGUAUCGGGCAGACAGUGUUGUGCCUGGGAGGAUGGAUGAAAUGAUCAAUGCCAUCCAGAGGAAGGACUUUGCCGCUUUUGCGGAACUGACCAUGAAGGACAGCAACCAGUUCCACGCCACCUGCCUGGACACGUACCCUCCUAUUUUCUACCUCAACGACGUGUCCCGAAGAGUCAUUAACCUCGUCCACCGCUACAAUAGCCAUUAUGGAGAGACAAGGGUGGCAUACACAUUUGAUGCAGGCCCAAACGCAGUCAUCUACACCUUGCAGGAUCAUGUAUCAGAAUUUGUUCAAGUGGUUCGGCAUUUCUUCCCGUCGGAGACCAAUGGCGGACAGUUUCUCAAAGGCCUCCCAGUAGCUUCCACCACAGUUUCGGAUGAACUGAAGAAUGCCAUUGGGAUGGAGCCCCUGCCCAAAGGAAUCAGCUACAUCAUCAACACAAAGGCUGGCCCUGGACCACGCAUUGAGAAAGACUCAAGUCUACAUCUUCUGCGCCCCGAUGGACUGCCUAAGGACACUGUCUAAGUUAGAAAGCCUACAGUAUGACUUAUGGCAAUACUGCCUCUGCAAUUGAAUUAGUGUUAAAACCACGACACAACAACCUAAUGCAAUACAUCUAUUUUAUAUAAUUGAACAUUCUAUUCUAUAUUAUUUGUUAGCAUUCACUUUAAAGCUAACAUCACGACUCUUGAAUUACACGACUAUCAGAGUCAUUGGAUCACUGCACAGAGGUUAUAUGUUGACGAAAUUCUGUGUUAUAGUUCUGUUUACCAUUGAGUUAGUGCAUAACACAUUAUGACUUUGGCAAGGAAUUGCCCCUUACAAUUUGGACACUUAUAAUGUAUGAGGAAUUGUUGUUUCUUGUAAUGAGCUUUCCCAUAUUUGUAGUUCACAUUCCUAUGAUGUCUUUGUGAUACACAGUGCUGUGCAAAAGUCUUUGCCACCAUACAUGUUUUGCUUCAGCAAUGCCAUAAGGACAUUAGGUUUUUUUUUUUAUUUUUUUUUUUUUAUCUCACUCUGUAUUAGAAUAUAACAAGACACAGGCAAUAUGUAGACCGUAUUUAAAAACACAUGAAAUGUAGUUUUUGUUCUGAUUCCAGUCCAAUUUCAGUCUCCAUUGCCACCAUUGGAGUUGUUGUUUUAGUAGAGUUAAAUAAUCAGUUUUAGUAGAGUUAAAUAAUCAAAUCACGCAAGGGGGAAGCUGUUGACAUUCCCCACACAGGCUGCUGAUGGGCAUGUCUAGCCUGUCAGAUGUUGCUGGUAGAUUCCGCUGUGUUGGGGGCAGAGGUGUAAAAGUCCAGCACCAGAAAAUCCUGCCACUAAGCCAGCUGAUCAACGACUCCCCAGUCAGGUAGAUGAGCUAAUUAGUGACAUCACCCGUGUUGAGUGCAAAGGUAGAACCGAUGCAUAAUGGGGCUUUUACUUUCUGAAGCCGGACUUUUAUACUUCUGGAUGGGGGUCUCGAGAUCAACUACUGACCCAAAAGCUGACCUUGCAGUGUCAAUAGCGUCUCAGCAGGGCGCAAUGAGGAGGGGCCAUCUCAUGACAUGAGGUGCUUCUCAACAAGCCUCCUCGAUCCUCGAUCCUCGAGGGGCGUUCCCACUGAUCUAUAACUAACACUGGAUAGGCUAUCCCAUUGUUUUCGCCCCAUCAUUCUUUAUGUCGAUCAGUGAGGAUCGAGGCCCGAGGAGCGUGGGAGGACGUAUAAAAGCCCAAAUGAGAGGCACCUGUGGUGUACGUCACGGUUACCCUCUUCAUUGUACGCCACGUUGGGAAUACUGCCUCAGUUUACCUCAGCGAGAUUCUUUUUUAUAGAAUCCUCUGGCCGUGCCUUUCCCACAUCGGCUAAACAAUGAACUAUUCCAGCUGUAGGUUUUCAAUGAGGUAUUUGAUCUGUAAAAUAGACCUCAUAAACAAAUACGCAGUUUUAAAAUGGUGCUGAGUCAAGUGAUGGUGAGUGGUGAUGGUGAAUCACAAUGUAUGUCUACUGUCAGAAUGUAAUGCAGAAUGAAUCUGGAAUAUUGAAGCCAGGCCAUUAUGUAAAUGUGUAGACAUUAUCAAAACCCUGAAAUAGACAAUUUUAAUAACUUUAUAUCUGCUUAUUAAAUGGUUGAUACCAGAUACCAACACCUCAAGGACAAUUAAAAAAUGAGUCCGUGUGAUUUCCGAGUUUUGUAUAUCUGGUCUUUCAGGACUGUUUAUAUCUGGACACUUGGGUUGAAUUAAUAAUUUUCAAAGCAGGCUAUCUACAGGAUCUGUGUCAUUUAUUAAAGAAGUGUUCCAUGAAAUAAUUGUGUUAUGUUUAAAGUAUGUUCAUUAUGCUCUUUGUAUUAAAGUAUAUUUUGAAUCAGGCUUCAGUCCUUUAAACAAUUUUAGGAUUCCAUGUGGUUGUAUUUUUGU